AUGCAUUCCAUGUAUGGCAACUGCAAAGACAGGCGUUUUACACAGGAUGUCACAGGAUUUUGCUUGUCUAAGAUCACAAAGUCAGGAGGAAGGGAGGGAGCCGAGGUUGCAGAGUCGCCGUCGGAUUCCAGCGCCCCCUGCAGACGCUCCAGAAGCACAUACACCCCCCUGGAGCAGCAGGUCCUGGAGCUGAAACAGCAACAAAAGGAUGUCCUGUUGGCAGUGGAGUGUGGCUACAAAUACAGGUUCUUUGGAGAAGAUGCAGAGAUUGCUGCAAAAGAGCUGAACAUAACUUGUCACCUGGAUCAUAACUUCAUGACGUGCAGCAUCCCGACUCAUCGCCUGUUUGUUCACGUCAGGCGCCUGGUGUCUCAUGGACACAAGGUUGGUGUUGUGAAACAGACAGAAACAUCUGCGCUGAAGGCGUCAGGGACCAACAGAAGCGCUCUGUUCAGCCGUCAGCUCAGCGCCUUGUACACCAUGUCCACUCUGGUGGGAGAGGACGUAAACCCGGUCUGCAGAGUGGCAGAUGUGGAGGAGGGGGGCUGUGCUGACGUGGUGUCGGACCCUCCUGACAGCUUCCUGCUGUGCAUCAGUGAGAACUGGGACAAAGUGAAGAAGCAGCUCUCCGUGGGGGUGGUGGCGGUCCAGCCCAGUACUGGAGACGUGUUGCUGGACUGUUUUCCUGAUGGUCCGUCUCGCUCCGAGCUGGAGAGCCGUAUCCUGAGGAUAAACCCAGUGGAGGUUCUGGUGCCUUCGGAUCUUUCAGAACAAACCUCCAAACUGCUGCUCAGUAUCGCUAAUGCCAGGCUCAUCUCCAUGGUGACGGUAGCAGCAGAGAGCAGGUGGAGGGCCCUUGAGGAUGCAUUAGGACCUUCUUGCGAUGAGCAGGAUGCAUCUUCACUGUAAGCUGUACUGUGCGUCUGGGCCCCGUUUCAAGGGCCUGAGCAGCGUUCAUUGUCUCAGCCUGAAAUUGUCAGUCACUUGGCAUGAAAAACUCAACUCGGAGCAAUCUAAAUGACCCGAUUACUUUGAUUACAAAGCAAAACAUUUACAUCAUGUAUGAACUUUACAUCGGGGAAAAGCAAAUUAUAAAUAAUAGUUAAAGUACUGUACAACUGAACACCCUAAUAAAGGACUGUAUGCUUUCAACCUUAAUUGUCCUGUGAUGGACUGGCUAUCUGUCCAAAGCAUACCCCAUCUCUUGCUUUUUAUUUAUUUAUUCAAAGUACAUUUUUUUAAUACAUUUUGCUGAUGUUUUUAACGCUUUAAGAUUUUUCUGCAGUUUUCAUUGUGCAUCAGUUUAUUUGUAUAUUUAAAAACAUCUUGUAUGAAGCUGUAAGGACAGAGCAGCAGUCUACCCUCUGCGCUGCAGGGUAAGGAGAUACAAUCUUGUCAUACAAAGAGCUAUUUCUGCCGCUUCCCUCUCCAUUUCAAAUUUACCUUGAGCCAAAAAACCAAGACAAUUAAGAAUGUUUUUUUGUACACAUAAAUAAGUAUGCCUGUCUUAAAGUAUAUUGGGAAAAAUGCAAUCAUGUAGAGAAAAAUAUAGCAUAAACAUUUUUAUAUAGAUCUUUAACCUUCUUAAUUUCCAUGGCAGUUUUUAUGUUUUUAAAUCAUAUUUUGCGUACAACUUUGGCUGUGUUGUGUAUUUUGGGGAGAAUUAAAAUGUUUAUUAAACUUGUAUUUUUCUAUGUGCUUUUAUGCCUUUUGCUGUAAACAAAACACAUCAAUUUGUGCCUCUUUAGCAGUCACUCACACAUAAGGACAUUUUCGACGGCCCAAUUAACCCAACAGUCAUGUUUUUGGACCGUAGGAGAAACAUAGAGCACCAAGAGAGACGCUAUACAUUCACAGGAAAAACAUGAAAACUCCAUGCAGAAAAACCCCAGGAGUCAAACCCAUAAGCUUCUUCCUGCAAGUCAACAGUGCAACUGACUGUGCC